AUGCUUGAUACAAUCGUUCACUUACAUUUCUGGCAACAAGAUGCUGCCUCACGCAAAUGCACAGAAAGAACAUUAGGAAUUUCAUUCAAUAAACCAUUAAAGUUACAAUUGCAAGUUGUUCCUCAAAAGCUUUUUGAUAUUUUGAUCAAAUCAUCUUCAGACGAUAAAAUAUUAUGUGAUAAAGAAUCAGUUUUUAUUGUGUCGAAAUUUGUUUAUAAAUACUUAUCGAGCAAAACCAAACAUAACUGGGUAAAAUUAAUACAAAAUACAGAUGAUGACUGCAAGAACCAAUAUAGAAUUGUACCGAUCAAAGAUUCCUGUUUAUGUCCUGUACAUAAUAUUAUAUUGUCCGAAAAUACUUACUUCAACUUGAAAAGAUUUUUGAAAGAUAUUCAGAAUCUCGAUCAUGUUUUAUUAGAACCAUUUAAAGGCACCAUACCCACAGUCGCAAAUGAUUUGCUAUUAUCUUUUAUUAAGACUCCAUUAGAAAUUCCAUCUGAUUUGCAACAUACUGCCUUAGGAAUUUACUUUAGUUCACCCAAGUUGGUCUAUGCUGAUGAUAUAUACGAGAUUCCUCUAACUAAAGAUACUGCAGGAAAUGCUUAUUUCAAAUACAUGAAUAUCUGUGAUACAUUGCAGUCAAUGUACUUCAAAUGUGUUACGGUUUCUGGUAAUCGAAAUCCAGAUAUAGGCCAUUUUAUUGUUAAAGAGUUGACAACUAUACAAGAACAGCAAAAUGUAUCAUCUUUAUUACCAAACAAAUGUUCAUCAUAUUACAAUGAUCAUCAAGAAACCGAACAAGAUAUAGUCAAAUAUUUUAUUGAACAUCAUCGAUAUAAUAUUAUAACCACUUGUCCAAAUGGUCUAAUCGGUUACCAUCAAACUUUACUUGACAGUUUACAAUCUAUCAUCAACAAUCAUUGCUUAGUACACAUACAACCAGUAUUUUUAAUUCAAGGACCAAACGGAGUAGGAAAAAAGAUUAUUGUUGAAUCAGCUACAAGUGUUCUUGGAAUUCAGCAGUUUAAUGUAGAUUGCUCAGAAAUUAUGUGUCCUACUACAGCACAAAGUGAAUCAAAAAUUAAAUAUGCGUUUGAAAGAUCUAAAAUUGCUGCACCAGUAGUGAUGUGCUUACAAAAUUUUGAGGUGUUUGGAGUUGAUCAUGACAACCAAUUAGACAUGAGACUGAUAAAUACGUUCCAACAAGAACUGAGAAAUUUAUUAACUAACAACAAUCAUCCAAUCAUUGUAAUAGCGUUGUAUAACAAUAAAACGUUGCCUGCAACAUUACAAAGAAUAUUUUUAGAGACUAUUAUUGUGAAACCACCUUCUGAAAGCGAGAGACAAGAAAUGCUCAAAUGGAUUUUUCAAACUAAUAGUUUAUCUAUAAAUAUUGAAGUAAUUGCGAAUUUGGCUUCACAAACGGCCGGAUUUUUAUUUGGAGAUUUGAAAAUAUUGGUUACGAAAUCAAUAAAAAACAAUACUUGUAGGUCAGAAUCACUUGAUGAAAAUGCUUUUAAUGCCACUUUAGGUCACAUGCACAACUCUUAUCGAGAUAGUAUUGGUGCUCCUAAAGUGCCCAAAGUUCUUUGGUCAGACAUUGGGGGAUUAGCUGAUCUUAAAGAAGAAAUUAUGAAAAGUAUCAAGAAUCCAACUGGUGGAUUGGAUAUCUUAAAUUCAGGCAAUUCAAAGAGAUCAGGAAUACUUCUAUAUGGCCCGCCUGGCACUGGAAAAACAUUACUUGCUAAAGCAAUUGCCACCGAAUCAAAGUACAAUUUUCUCUCAGUUAAGGGGCCUGAACUUUUGAACAUGUAUGUGGGACAAUCAGAACAAAAUGUUAGAGAUGUGUUUGAACGAGCACGAGCAGCUACUCCAUGUGUAAUUUUCUUCGAUGAGUUGGACUCCUUGGCACCUAAUCGUGGAGCCAAAGGCGAUUCUGGAGGUGUAAUGGAUAGUAUAGUUGCUCAACUUUUAUCAGAAAUGGAUUGCAUAGGAAAUGACUCCGAGUCUCAUACGUUAUUUAUUGUUGGAGCCACCAAUAGACCCGAUUUAUUAGAUCCAGCAUUAUUGAGGCCGGGUCGACUAGACAAGUUACUAUAUGUUGGGUUGUGUGAAACAAUUAAUUCUAAAGCCACAGUUUUAGAAACUAUAUUGAGCAAGUUCAACUUAGAUUCAGAUGUCAAAAUAGAACAUUUAGCUAAGUUGCUUAAAUAUGAUAUGUCAGGUGCUGACUUGCAUUCAAUUUGUUCAAAAGCUUGGAUUAAUGCAGUACGACGAUUGCUUCAGAUUUCAAAUCAAGAUUUGCGACACAGAUAUUCUGCCGCAGAUGUUAAAGUAUCGUUGGAAGAUUUUGAAUUAUCUAUAAAACAAUUUGUGCCUUCAGUGAGCGCAAAAGAUAUGAUCUACUUUAAGCAAAUGAUAAACGAAAAUAAAACAAAAAUGCAUGAUAAUAAAAAAUAUGUGGGUGAAGGUAAUUUAGAUCAUAGAGCUACAUCAUGA